GCUAUAGAGUACUAUCUUUGUAACUACUGUUGAGUUGAGCGGAGUUGAGCGGAUGUGUUGGAUUUGUUCGCCGUGGUAGUCUUCUCUCUCGGGGGUAUUUACUCACCCAUUGCCAGCUUCACAAGUAAAAUCGUUUCAUGCAGAGUACUCCCAAUACCUGCGAACCAUACUUAAGCUGCCGUUGGCUAAAAGCUCUCUCGGACAUUGUGGAACCUCUCCUUUCACGACGAGGCCUCCUCGCCACCCCGCCUGCAGUUGCGUCUUACAUCUUUGCCCUGCCUAGGAACAGCAUCGAUGUGCAGCUAUUCAGGAACGAGCGGCAGCGCUCAUAGGAUAAAGGAGUCAGAGAUGCGGUCACCACGAAGCCCGAGGAUGCGGGUUUUGGAAAUCCUUGGCGCGGCGGAGACCGCGGCUGUGACGGCCGCGGAUGAUGCAGCAGCAGAAGCCCUGUCGGGUCCGAUGCAGCUGUUGCGAGUCUCCGACGAAGUGCAGCCGGCGCCCGCUGCCGAUGCUGUGGGGCUGGAGGAGUCCCUGGUGGAGUGUGAGUCGCCACGCCGUUGCGCUAAGCGUGCCGCGGACUGCUUCGGUCCGCAGCAAGAAAGCAAGCGGCGAUCAUCACUUGAGGAGCGGCGGGACGUGCCUAUGGAGCCGGCGGCGGUAAACUCGGGCGGCCUGGCCAAUGCUGAUGCGCCACAGCCAGCUCUCGCUUGCGAUGUGUCCACGCCCGCCCGCCUGCUUCCCGCGGGCAUGGACGCCGUAACGGUGGUGGCGGAGGGGCCGCUAGACGAGUACCGCUUUAACAUGUUCAUGAACGACCUGCUGGCGGAGCGGCGGAACGACAUCGUGGGCUUCAAAGGCGUGCUGUGCGUGCAGGGCUGCGGUGACAUCCGGUUCGCAAUCAGGGGCUCGCGGCGAUCAAUUCGCUAUGGCCCGUCUGGGCAGGCCUGGCAGCCGGAGGAGUCGCGUGUGAGCCGCAUGGUCUUCAUCGGCCGUGGGCUGGACAAAGAGGAUCUCGCGGCAGGCUUUCGCACCUGCAUCGCAGCGCCGGUGCCGCAGGUGGCUGCCCCUCGCUGAGCGCUGGAGUCCCGGGCUUGAAACCCAACGGUCACUGCGGCAACAGGGUCUGUAUCGCCCUGCUCUCUGACUGACCUUGGCGCCAAGUCCGGGUCCUGGCUGACGCAUUAGGCUCCACGCAUGCGCGCGCGCGCCUGGCGUCCAUUGUUGGGACUGUGACACUGUUCUAUUUAUAGAUGUGUGCGAGUGGGAUUGUGGUCAUUAUGGCCCAACCUGCCGACUUCGUGCUCGCUCAGUAUCUGUACAGAUGCACUGCUGAAUUCAUGUUUGCAUCGGAGAUAAUUCAUGUGGUGAUGAUGUCGAUUCCGGACUUGUACCGCACCUAAAGCAUUGAGGCCACGGGACCUGCGGCCUCUUGACGCACUGUCAGGACGGCGCCGGCCUUGGCACACUGCUAAUGCAGUUGUGGGGAUGUCGGCUGGACGCACAGGCACAGGAGGAGGUAGCGCCUUCCUAGGCCUGAGACGUACAGCAUGUACCCGCACUGCCGCUCAUUUAUCUGUAUGCCUCCGCUACCGAGAUGUAGUUGAUGGGAGGCAGCGCUAGAGUUUGGCAAUUCAAGCUCCUAAAUAUCUUCCUAAGAACUUCGGCUACUCCUGCCGGCACUGACGGGUAGCACCAUCGGGCAGGUAGCGCGUUGUUGUGUCGCUGUGCACUUGAACCGUUUGCCAACACUCCAUCCCCCAAUUCCAAGGGCGGAAGAGUGGUGUAGGUGCGCUCAGAGAGCUGGUUGGUAAAUAUUAAUGCAUGUUGUUGUCGAGUUUGCUGCAACUGGUGCUGUGUGGACUGGGUCGGUGUCGGAAGGCCUGGUGGUGGUGGCGGGUAAGGAAAUGUGGGAAAACAAUCCAGGGGUUCCCUGGAACAUUCGGAAGGGGGGCGGGCGCGGGGGCUGGGGCCGGGGGAAUAACCAAUAACGGGCUCGAGGGCUUGCAGCGCUUCUGGGGACUAGGGAGAGGCUGAUGCCGCAUGGGCUUUGACAGCCGCCAUGUGUGAGUCUGGUGUAAAGCAAGAGUUCU